CCGGGGGCGGUGGCCCGGCGGGGAGCGCUCAGCCUCUGAGGUACGGGCGUUUAGAGCGCGCCCGCUCGGCUGGAGGCAGGUGCGGAGAGCCGUGGGGGUCGGGAUGUCAGGGCCGCCCACAGUCCCGGAGCAGACGCGCCCCGAGCAGAGCGCGCCGGACCCGCGGCGCGCAGGCUUCGUGCUGGGGCUGGACGUGGGCAGCUCGGUGAUUCGCUGCCACGUCUAUGACCGCGCGGCGCGGAUCCGCGGCUCCAGCGCUCAGAAGGUAAAAAGUCUUUAUCCUCAAGCUGGCUGGGUUGAAAUUGAUCCUGAUAUUCUCUGGCUUCAGUUUGUUGCUGUAAUAAAAGAAUCUGUCAAAGCUGCAGGACUAGAGAUGAAUCAAAUUGUCGGUCUUGGCAUUUCAACACAGAGAGCAACUUUUAUUACGUGGGACAAGAAAACGGGAAAGCAUUUCCACAACUUCAUUAGUUGGCAAGACCUAAGAGCUAUUGAACUUGUAAAAUCUUGGAAUAGUUCUCUUUUAAUGAAGCUCAUACACAGUUCCUGCCGAGUGCUGCACUUCGUCACUAGAAGUAAACGAUUUUUAGCAGCCAGUUUGUUCACUUUCACAACCCAGCAUGUUUCUUUGAGAUUGGCCUGGAUUUUGCAGAACCUGACUGAGGUGCAAAAGGCAAUUGAAGAAGAAAAUUGCUGCUUUGGGACUAUUGAUACCUGGUUGUUACAUAAGCUCACAAAAGGUUCUGAAUUUGCCACAGAUUUUUCAAAUGCCAGUACAACUGGACUUUUUGACCCAUAUGAGAUGUGUUGGAGUAAGCUCAUCACCUCCCUGCUUUCAAUCCCGCUCUCUCUCCUGCCUCCCGUGAAGGAUACGAGCCACAAUUUUGGAUCAGUGGAUGAAGAGAUAUUUGGCAUGCCUAUACCAGUAGUGGCCUUGGUUGCUGACCAGCAAUCAGCCAUGUUUGGAGAAUGCUGCUUCCAGACAGGAGAUGUGAAGUUAACCAUGGGAACUGGGACAUUUUUGGAUAUUAAUACUGGAAAUAACCCUCAACAGAGUGUUGGAGGCUUUUAUCCAUUAAUUGGGUGGAAGAUUGGGCAAGAAGUGGUGUGCUUAGCUGAAGGCAAUGCAGGAGACACCGGUACUGCCAUACAGUGGGCUCAACAGUUAGAUCUGUUCACAGAUGCUGCUGAAACUGAAAAAAUGGCCAAAAGUUUGGAAGAUUCUGAAGGAGUUUAUUUUGUUCCAUCUUUUAGUGGAUUGCAGGCUCCAUUAAAUGACCCCUGUGCGUGUGCCUCUUUUAUGGGUUUGAAGUCUUCCACCAAUAAAUACCACCUUGUACGAGCAAUAUUGGAGUCAAUAGCUUUCAGAAACAAACAGUUAUAUGAGGUGAUGCAGAAAGAGAUCCACAUUCCUGUAAGAAAAAUCCGAGCAGAUGGAGGAGUUUGUAAGAACAGUUUUGUCAUGCAGAUGACUUCAGACCUGAUUAACGAGACGAUAGACAGACCCGUCCACGUUGAUAUGUCCUGCGUAGGUGCAGCUUCUCUAGCUGGCCUUGCUGUUGGGUUUUGGACUGACAAGGAGGAACUAAAGAAACUGAGGCAAAGUGAAAUAGUUUUCAAGCCACAGAAGAAAUGGCAAGAAUAUGAAAAGAAUAUGGGAAACUGGGUCAAAGCAGUGAAACGCUCCAUGAAUUGGUAUAACAAGACAUAGCACUAACGGAAUGACUGAAACCACGCGUGGCUGGUUGUGUGAUGUGCAGAUGAGACAAAGCUCAGGGACAACAAUACGACCAUGACUGAGAGGAGAAGACUGGAGCCGAGCUCUGCAACCCGAGAGAAAAAGCACUGCUUUUUUGAAAACAAAACAAAACCCCUCAUUGAAAAAAAUUCUAAACCUUGGUAAGAUUGUAAGGCAACAAUACCUCAGAACUUUUAAAUCUUCUGUUUUGUAGCAAAUUCCCAAGGACGUUAGCCAUUUCCAACCAUGUUUUGACAGUCACGGGUCCUCCUCCUGUUUGUACUGGGCCAAUAUGAACAUAAUUGUUUACUAUCUGAGUAAAUAGUUCCGGGUCAAGCACCGUUCGUGUUUU